AUGUUGCCAUUGCGCAACUUGAGUAGUAAGUUGAAGAUGUCACUCAACGGAGGUAAAACAAGGCCCAAAGUUGAAGUUGCCGCGGAUUCCGUAUCUCAGGCGAUGGAGAACUCAGCUUCAGCAACCAACGCGCAUGUCUCCGGUGAAGGCGCGGCGUCGGGGGCGUCCACGAGAAUCGAGAUGCAUCAACUCACCAUUAACUCCAGCCUCAAGCCACCUAAUCAGAUGAAUCAGCGCGUCAAGGAUGAACCAGUCGGUGCAGCCCAGAGACCGCGAACAAGGGGCGACAGACAAAUGCUGGCCAGUGACGUGGUCAUCCGAUCCGAGAGACCUCGAUGGUCGACGGAAAAAGCGUUUGCUUUCGCGCCGACGCUGGCAUUCCUGGAGAUUGUGCUGUGGGGCAAGGCAAGUGCUUUGAACACGGUGGGGGUACAAGGUGCUCUUAUCCGAGCUGCGUCAAGCUGGCUAGACGCGCAGGCAAAUGCUGUACCCACGACACGUGCACUCGAGAGGCAAGUGCUUCAAGCACAGCAGAGCCGAUCAGCGCGCGUGAGGAGGGUGACAGCAACAUCGCCAGUCACUCGACGCCUUCACGCCCUCGCGAAUGCUGACCCAAGUCCACCAGUGACCAUCACUCCCAUUUCAACGUUGAAGUGCACGCCCGCUCAUAGUCACUCUCCCGAGUUCCUUCUGUCACUCUUCCGCGGUUCUUGCUGGCACCGCCAUUUUGCGCCAAUCGCGUCUCUCCACCUGGAUCCGAGCGCCGCCAGUUCAGUCGUCACUUCACCUUCGCCUUCCUCCUCCAUGCUGCGCCGCUCGCUGUCCCCGCUGCUCCGCGCGCGUGCGCCGCAGCCUCUGCGCCGCUCCGCGCGCUCCACAGCGCUCUACAGCAGCGGUAGCAGCAGCUCCACCACCAACAACGACCAGCCCGGCAGCUCGUGGCUGCUGGCCGUGGCCGCCGGCGCGCUGGGCGUCGCGGGCGCGUCGCUCUUCCAGGACAAGAGCUCGGCCGACUGCUGCGGUAUCGUGGGCGUCGUGGGCAAGACGCAGAACGCCGCCGACUUCCUGAUCGAGGGGCUGACCAUCCUGCAGAACCGCGGCUACGACUCGGCCGGCAUGUCGACGCAGCCCAACGCCGCCGAGGGCGAGGCCGCCCCCAUCACCACCACCAAGUUCGCGUCCGUCGUGGGCACGGCCGACUCGAUCCACCUGCUGCGCGAGACCAAGAGCAAGCACGACGGCAACACGACGGGCAUCGCGCACACGCGCUGGGCCACGCACGGCGCCAAGACGGACUGCAACUCGCACCCGCACACGGACAUGCACGGCCGCGUCUCGCUCGUGCACAACGGCACGUUCACCAACUACUACGAGGUCAAGCAGGAGCUGCUGGACGAGGGCGUGGUCUUCUCCUCGCAGACGGACACGGAGGUGGCGGCGCAGCUCAUCGGCCACUUGAUGGGCGAGGGCGCCGACCUGCUCACGGCCGUGCGCCUCGCGUUGAAGAAGCUCGAGGGCACCUGGGGCCUCUGCGUCAUGGCGCGCGACGACCCGGGCAAGAUCGUGAUCGCGCGCAACGGCUCGCCGCUGUGCAUUGGCUACGGGUCUAAUGAGAUGUACGUGGCGUCCGAGACCACGGCGUUCAGUCGCUAUGCCAAGAGGUUCAUCUCGCUCAAGGACGGAGAGGUGGCGGUGAUCAAGAGCGACUCGGCGGAGCUGAACCCCAACGAUGACGGUAAGGAGGAAGGAUUCUUGCAGAGGUUCCCGACCAGCAGACUGGCGGUGGCGCCGGACGUGAAGGUCCGGCUGUCGCCCGCUCCGUACCCGCACUGGACACUGCGGGAGAUCAUGGAGCAGCCAAAGGCGGUGGCGGCGUCGCUGGGUUACGGCGGUCGCGUGUCGGACGACCACGUGUACCUGGGUGGUCUGGACUCCGAGAAGGAGCGCAUGCUGCGCAUCAAGCACUUGCUUAUUGCUGCGUGCGGCACCUCACUGUACGCGAGUAAGUACGGUGCGAAGCUGAUGCGGUCCCUUAACGCGUUCGACAGUGUUGCCACGGAAGACGCAUCGGAGUGCACUAUUGACAGGUUCGCGAAGAAGGAGGGUGGUCUGCUGGUAGUUUCCCAGUCGGGCGAGACCAAGGAUGUCCACCGCGUGCUCAAGACCGCGGAGGAGCUGCAGCUGGAAGUGCCGACUUUUUCGGUUGUGAACUCGGUCGGAUCUCUGAUUGCGCGUACAACGAAGUGUGGCGUCUACCUGAACGCUGGUCGUGAGAACGCCGUGGCUAGUACCAAGGCUUUCGUGACGCAGGUUACGGUCAUGGGUCUUAUCGCUUCGUGGUUUGCGCAGAACCGGCCGGACGGCAACCGCUCCAAGAUGGCGGAGCUGAUCCAGAGCAUGCACCGACUCCCCAUCGCGAUUGGAAUGGCUCUCCGCUCGCGUGAGCAAUGCGCGAAGAUCGCCGACAAGCUGCUGUCCGCUGAACAUCUCUUUGUGCUGGGUAGGGGAUAUGGCGAGCCCAUCGCCUACGAAGGCGCACUGAAAAUCAAAGAGAUCACGUACCUGCACGCUGAGGGCUACCCUGGCGGUGCUCUCAAGCACGGCCCCUUUGCUCUUAUUGAAGGUGAGAACAACGGCAAGUUCGGCGCUACACCGAUCAUCCUCAUCGUGCUGGAUGACGAGCACGCGGCGUUCAUGAAGACCGCAGCAGAGUCUGUGCGUGCUCGAGGCGCUCACACUAUCGUUAUCACGGACAACCCGUCGAUGUGCGAGAACAUCGCCGACGAGGUCAUCCCCAUCCCGACGAACGGCCCCAUGACGGCUCUGCUUGCCACUAUUCCUCUGCAACUUAUCGCUUACGAGCUUGCUGUGCGCAAGGGCAUCAACCCGGACGUGCCGCGUAACUUGGCCAAGGCUGUCACUGUGGAUUAGAUUUCAUGCCGAGUAAGUUGACGACUUUCGAAUGGACUGUAUACAAAGCACUCGAUAGCCAUAGACCUCUAUCCAGCGCACUCAACAGAUAAAUGAGCAACACUUCUUCUUUACUUU